AUGGCGUCCUCAAUGAUAGGGAAGAAGGGUUUUCGCACAUUGCAAAUUUUGGCAAGAAAUAAGAUUAUUUCACGUCAAUGCCAACUACCGAAGAAUAUCAGAUGUGUUAACUUACAUACAAAUCAAUUUUCAAAAAGAUUUCACCAGGCCAGAAUUUCUGUGGGGACAUCUGCAAUGAUAGGAGUAUUUGCUGCUGUCGGACUAACAAUGGUAGAAUGUCAUCAGGAAGGGGGUAUCAAGGAAGAAAUUCUUCAGUUGAUUGGAGCAGGAAAACAUGACAAAAAUGUAGGAGAAUUAGGUAACAAUUUUUUAAUUUCUGCAAAGGAUAAGGCUCAUUUAGCUUUUAAACUAGGUUUAAUAACAGAGGAAGAGAGAUGCAUUGUUAUUGUGUUAUCCAGUAAGUUAAUGGGAGAGAAGUACUUACAAACAGGACAAGUAGCUCGGGCUGAAUCUUGUUUUGUGGAAGCCAUGGAAGCUUACAAAAGACUAGGAAUUGACAAGUAUGAUGAUGCAUCUUUGGAAUUAGUCCUGAGAUUAACAAACUGCUUUGCUGUGAGUGGACGUGAAAUUGAAGCCAAGGACAGUUUUGAUAUGAUAAUAGACACUCAGCUAAGGAAGAUCAAGGAAUCAAAAACCAAGUGUCCUCUCAGCACCUACCAGAUACUGUGGGCUACCCUCCAACUGUAUGGUCGAUUCCUUGUCAUGAAUAAGGAAUAUGACGAGGCAGAAAAUAUGUUCUUUAUAGCAGAUGAUGUCAUGCAAAAAGCAAGUGGGGAGGACUUUCAUAAGAGAAUAGACAUUUUGACUGACUUGGCUGGUAUCAAGAUUGUCAAGCAAGACUUUACUGGUGCUGAGGAAACAUUUGAGAAGGCUAUCAGAAUUGGAGAGAAAGAAAAUGCACCUGAAGUGUGUUUUACAUACUGUUAUAUGGCAGACCUUGCAACAAGAAUGAAUGAAUUUGACAAAGCAACAGAAAUGUGUGACAAGGGACUCAAAUUAGCAGAAAAACUUCAUGAUGCAAAGUGCCAUGAAAAAGCAAGUCUGUAUUUAGAAAAACUUAAAGAAGCCAAACAAAAAAGAUAAAAUUAUUUAGUUUUUAGUGUAGUAUACAGAUGUAUUUAUAAAUGAAAUACAUCAAUUGAAAAAUAAUCUGAAGCUUAUAAUCCUCUAUCAUUUCCUCAGAAAUGAUUCCAGUGUUCUGUCAUAAUCAGAUACAGCAGUAACUUUAGUAGGAUUUAUUUAGGUGAGUCCAGAACACCAAUCCAAAAUUUUUGAUGAGUUGCAAUACUGAGAGAUACAUGUAAGUGGGUUCUCUAAAUUUGAGCGAGUCCCACAGGAAAAAUGUGUCCAGGACUCAAAUAUCGGAGUCCCUGAAAUCAUUUGUUAGUGAUUCUAAUCAAUGAAUUUAAGAGGUCUGAAAAAAACUAAUGAGGGGAAUGCUUUCUGAUAUCUAGGGUAUUUCUUUUCACUCUCCACAUAUAUGCAUCUGAGCAAGUCGAAGGUGUCACUGCAGUAUUAGAAAUUAGAUAUUGUAUUCUGUCUGUUGUUAUUAACGUAAUGAUGCAAUGUCCAUCAUACAUAUGUCGUCCAUCUUAUUCAUAUAUCUAGUCAGUAGUUUUCAGGGAAGCUUAUAAGCAGCUCAUUUGGUCAGCAAGGACCCAAGAUUAGAUGGACAAAAAAAGAAAAAUAUAGUAUUGGUACAUAGGAUAUAUCAUCAGCUAACAAGGUCUCAAUAUAGUAAAAUUUAUGUUCCUUCAGGUACUUCAUUUGAAACUGUAUAUGGUAUUGAUAAUGUCAAUUGUUCUAAUUCUAUAAACGCAUGACUGCAGUAGUCAAGUUUUAUCACAGAAGCUGUGCCUAAGUAGCCAAUCAAAUAAGCUUGAUAACCAGCUGCAGUGUUAAUGUAUUCACACUCAAAGUAUUGCACUAAAAUAUGUUUGGGUUUAUUGCAGUUCGAAUGUCAUUUAUAUACCAAUUAUCGUAAGUAAAUAAAUUCAUCUAUGUACAAAAAUGAAAUGCAAAAGUUUGCUAAAUUUGAUUCCGCCAAGACAUGUGGGUUAAUAUAAAGUAGGUAUUUGAUAGUGGAAUAUUCCUCAGGACAUUUGGCUUCAUGAUCUCCACCUUUUUAUCUAUUUUUUUUUCUUUGUUUUUUUCAGCCCACCAUCUAAUAGAUGGUGGGUUAUUCAAAUCGCCCUGCGUCCGUGGUCUGUCGCCUGUCCGUCUGUCCGUAAACAAUUCUUGUUACCGCUAUUUCUGGAAAAGUACUGGAUGGAUCUUUCUCAAAUUUCAUAUGCAGGUUCCCCUUGGUCCCUAGUUGUGCAUUGUUCUUUUUUUUGACUGAUUCGAAUUCAAGAUGGCCGACAGGUGGCCAUCUUGGAUUUUGGAAGUAAAAGUUUGUUACUGCUAUUUCUGGAAAAGUACUGGAUGGAUCUUUCUCAAAUUUCAUAUGCAGUUUCCCCUUGGUCCCUAGUUGUGCAUUGUACCUUUUUUGGACUGAUUCGAAUUCAAGAUGGCAGACAGAUGGCCAUCUUGGAUUUUGAAUCUAAAAGUUUGUUACUGCUAUUUCUUGGAAAGUACUGGAUGGAUCUUUCUCAAAUUUCAUAUGCAGGUUCCCUUUGGUUCCAAGUUGUGCAUUAUACCUUUUUGGACUGAUCCGAAAUCAAGAUGGCCCACAGGCAGCCAUCGUGGAUGUCGACAGUAAUACAGCACAAGCAUAUUGUCCAUUAUCCACCUGUAACUGACUGCUAUCUAAUAAUACUUUGGGAUCUUUUUCAAAUGAUAUUUGCUAAUAGGUGCUUAAUAAAAAUAUCUUAUGCCAUCAUUUAGUAUAUUCAAUGAAGACCAGUUCAUGAACAUUUACAACACCUGUAACAAACAAAAAAAAUAAACAAAUCUUCAAGAACUGAAAACAGAUCCUCAAAUGAUGGGCGCCAAGAUCCCUCUGGGAUCUCUUGUUUUUUUUUUUUGUAAUUCAUUUAUAUUAAGGUCCCUGAAAAUCACUUGGGGCAUUGUUCUAGAUCUCAAUAAAUAAAAAAAAAAAGACACCUGAUCUUGCUUCAGUUUGAAGGAUGUAAUGUGAUAAUCAAAAGUGAAAUAUAUAUGUAGAGUUAGUUUAUGGAGCGAAAACAUAUUACUUCAAUAAGUGCUGUGAUAACAGUCGCUCAUCACCUUCAGGGUUGGUUGAUAAUUUACUGAAGACUGAUCAUGAGCUUUUCGCUCACAUUCAGAUCAAGAUGCAUUAGCAACAUAUGUUAGAAUCAGUUAAACAAGAAAUGAUACCAGCAAAAUUAAAGAAAUAUUAUAUUAUGUUAAUCUUGUGUAGAUAUUCUGGAAUAAAAUCAGAAUUUUUAAAGCUGUUGGAUUUGACAAUAAAAUCAUGUCACUGGAUGAUUUAUUGAGUAUGUGUAAUGGUGACCCAUUGGAUACCGGUAUAUCCAAGCAUUGGACAACUAUAUUACUAGAUAAGUUAUAUAGAGACUAGAAUCUGAUGUAUUACACAACUACCUCUUAAUUAUGAUUCAUGAAUAAAUUUCUUAUAUUUGUCCUCCAGCCAUGGUUGAAGAAAAGGUUGUUGUAGAUAUUUAUUUGAAAAAAAAUUAAAACAAAAAAAAUGUAAUGAGGCUUCCAACAUAAAAGAAGGUAUUUUACAAAAAUAAAUUUGCGUUGAUAUUUCAUGCCAAACAUUAUUGAUGAGUACAAGGAAAAAGAGAAAGCAAAAAAGAGGUCCCAUUGUUUUACCCCAACAGCAAUUGGAAUGUAAGAAUUUAAUCCUUUAGGAAAAACUGUUGUAGGCUUGUGAGGUGAAGGGUAAUGUACAUGCAGGGAAUCAAUUGAGUCUUUCUUGUUUUACCAUUUUAUACAAUUCAUUAAUGUGUAUGUGUUGGAUACGUUAAUGGCAAUUGUUAAUUUAUUGUUGGCAUAUGUUGAAUGCCUGAAAUGUGAUCAUUUAUUAUUAUAGACAAAUAAAACACAUGACUGGAUCAG